GAGCAUUCACUGGGCUAAUCUUAAUCUUCAGUUUGCUCUUCAAAAUGAAUGCUUCUGAUGUGAGGCUACUCCACAGGAAGCGUGACCUCAUUCUGCCUCUGUGCUGCUGAUUGCACAGGCUGUUUUCAAAAGGAAACAGGGGACUUCAUAGACCUGCCUUUCUGAAACCUCAGAGCUAAUCUCUUCCAGGAAGCUGCAGAAGGAGCACCCUCCACUUAACGUCUCCGAGGCACUCGUGUUGAUGAUGAGAAACUCUUUUACAUACAUGUAUUAAUAGUGAAAUGGAUUUUCCAGGUUUGGAAGAUUUUACACAUAUUUAUCUCUUAGUAUAUUUGUCAGCUGAGAAAUAACUAAGCUUUGGACUCAUUUCUGUACCGCUCUUCAGGAAGUUUUGUAUUUCUGUGGAUGUUGUUAUCAUUGCCUGCAGGGGGGAAAGACUGCACUGCUCUUCAGAAAUGACUGAUAUGUGUGGACAAAGAAAACUACCUUUGUAGGCACUUGUGUUUGAUAAUCUGUAUUACCCAUUAUCCCAUGGUGUGUGAAACAGUCCUUUUUAAGAUGUAUGGAAUAUCACAUGUUGCAUCAACACCAAGAACAAGUUCAACAGAGUUUAAUGGAGAACAUAGACACAACCUCUCACAACGUGUUUUUCCAAGUUAUGCUUGUGCCUUUUUGGACGAUGACCCUGCUUAUGAAUAUCAUUCCACAAAUACUCCACCAGGAUCCCUUUCCAUAUGUCGCCGCAGCCCUCGACUGCUUUCUAAUGGGUAUUACAUUUGGACAGAAGACAGUUUUCUGUCUGAUGAAGAGGGCAACAUAACAUUGACACCAUCCCAGACAAGUGUUACAUACAAAGAGAAUUUAGUUCGUGUAUUCAGGCGAAGGAAGAAAAUCCGUCGCUCUCUUGCCAGCUUGUUCAGUCUCAAUGCCUCCACUUCUUGGCUCAGCAGCACCGUCCCCAGCAAAAUGGAUUCCUCCCAUGUAGAUGAUCCUUGGCCUGAUGAAUGCAAUGAACUAGAAGCCAGUCAGAGUGAUGUUGUCACUGAAGAUCUUGUUAGAAGACGUGCAGAGCAUAACGACUGUGAAAUAUUUUCACUGGAAGAAAUCUCUUUACAUCAGCAGGAAAUAGAAAAACUAGAGUAUCUUGACAAGUGGUGUCGAGAUUUAAAAAUUCUCUAUCUUCAGAAUAAUCUAAUUCCAAAAAUUGAAAAUGUGGGCAAACUGAAGAAGCUGGAAUACUUAAAUGUAGCUUUGAACAACAUAGAAAGAAUUGAAAAUCUGGAAGGUUGUGAAGAACUGAAGAAACUCGACCUGACAGCAAAUUUCAUUGGUGAACUCUCCAGUAUUGAAGCCCUAAAACAUAAUAUACAUCUGAAUGAACUGUUUCUAGUGGGUAACCCUUGUACUGAAUUUGAAGGUUACAGACAAUUUGUAGUGGCAACUCUGCAUCAAUUAAAAUGUUUGGAUAGUAAACAAAUAGAACGUUCAGAGAGGAUUCAAGCACUUCAAAACUAUCCAGAAGUGAAACAGAAAAUCAGAGAACAGGAACAAGCUUAUCUUCUCAAAAGGGCUAGAGAAAAGGAAGAGGCUCAAAGAAGGAUGCAAGAAAGAAAGGACAAGAAACAAAAACAAAUGGAAUCUAAGCUUGGAUUUGACAGUCCAGACUCCAUACAGGAGAAAGAAAAACAUCAGGCAGAAGGAGGUGAAGAACAAGAAUCAUGGAGAACAACUGAAGAUGAUGAAGACAAAAGAUUUUGGGAGGAGCCUACGUCAUACACUCCAGAAUCUAGAUUAGAAACUCACAGAUACAUUGAAGAGAAACGAAGAGCUAAAGAGAAUGUAAGGGAAUCAAAAAAGAAAGAGAAGCCUCUUUGGACACUGGUCACUGCAGAGGGAAAAGUUCUGAACGUGAAUGUGCCUAAGCUUCAUUUCUCUUUGAAAGAUGAUGAAGAAAACAACCAGAUCAUCUUGGAUCUUGCUAUUUACAGACAUUUGGACACUUCUCUGCUUGAUAUUGAUGUCCAGCCAACUUAUGUACGUGUAAUGGUGAAGGGAAAGCCAUUUCAGUUUGUGCUCCCUGAGGAAGUGAAGCCAGACAGCAGCUCUGCUAAAAGAUCACAAACAACCGGUCAUUUAGUUAUCAGCAUGCCAAAGGCUAAAGAAAUAAUCCUGCCUAAGCAAAAAGUAGCAACUUUAGUUAAGCGUUCUGACUGCAAUGCACUGCAAAAAAAUGCAAGAAGGGGCAGACAAGUUGAGAAAUUAGAAGUGGAUCCUAGUAAAUAUUCAUUCCCUGAUAUAACAAAGAUAAUCCAAGAAAAGGAACGAAUUGGACUGGGACCUAUUAAGCUACAACCAGAGAAGCCUGCAGAGACUAAGAAUAGUUACGUUGAUUUUGAAAGUAACGAAGAUGUUCCUCUCUUGAUUUGAAACAUUCUGAAAUAGUCCCUCUGUAUGUGUUGUAUAUGCUUGAGGUGUUUUCAUGACUCUCUGUGUAAAGUAAAUACAGCUGAAGUUGGAAAUAUUAUUACAUUUCUUAUCAAUAACUUUUUCAUAUCUGUGCUUGCUGUGGCAUUUUCUGUUAGUAUAUUGCUAUAUAAAUUCUUUCUGGAUUGUUUAUUUAGUCUCAGACCAGAAUGGGACUCAGACAUUGUCGUCUUUUCAGGGAAUUUACAGUCUAGAUUGAAAGAUAUUACUGUAGAAAGAGAGAGAAGGAAGGAAGAAAGCACUUGUAACGAGAUUUAUGAUUAUUAUUCUCACUAAACUGAAGAUAGCAAAAAGCUCUAGAUAUUCUUCUGGUGUUUUCUUUUUUCAUGAAGGACGACAAUAAAAAACAUCAAUUUAUUCUGAGAGUGAGACACAUUGCCGUAAUCUGUCAUACAGCAGUGAAAUUUCCAGCAUAACGCACAGCUCCUGGAUUCUGGAUCUGGUAUAACAAUGCCACUUCUUGAAGGCGUUGGGAGAGAAUAAUGCUGAACACAGUACCUCAGAUGUGACAACAUGGGAGCUGGGAGGAAUCAGCCAGACCAUUCUUGCUCUUCAUCAUGCAGGGGCUCUCAACUGUUCAGUUUUUUCAGGAUCCCCUAAAAAUAUCAAGGAUAAUUUUUAGCUGUUGGAUGUAAUAAGGUUGAGGAUCUGUAAUGGGAUGAGCUUCCCCUUUCCUGCCUUCCAGACCUUUUUUAGCAACCAAAGACUCCAUUAUAUUUUUUUCCCUCAGCUGCUGGAUUGCUCUAUGAGUGAAACAGGCAGCAUCAAAGAACAAAUAU